AUGAGCGACGCGGAACAUAUUCGAAUUCGUGAAGACGACUCGAAAUCUACUGAAGGCAAGGUAUUAUGUGGCGUCUGCCGUAGACAGUUUUCUAGGUAUACGUGCCCGGUGUGCAAUGUUUCUUACUGCAGCCUGACGUGUUUUCGCUCAGAGGCUCAUUCCCAAUGUUCGGAGACAUUUUAUCGAAAGGAAAUACAGACCAGCAUCAAACCGAAGUCUUCGAAAACACAUGAGGAGAGGGAAAAGAUGCUCGAGUUACUGAAGCGCCUCGAAGACCAAAUUCAAGAGGAAGAUAGCAACCUGCUGCGUGACCAGGACGAAUCCGACAGUGACGCCAAUGAUCUUAUCUGCAGAUUUGCUGGUGUUGAUAUUUCUUCAGCAUCAUCCGAUGAAUUACUCAGACUUUUGACCAAGGAAGAAGUAGACAAGUUCUUCAAUGCACUCAGAGACCCAACCAGCCAGCUGGCCCAACAAUUACUUUCUAGUGAGGAACUGCAGUCUGUGAGGCUUGAGCCGUGGUGGGAGGCUCCUCUGGAAGGAUCUCCAAGCGGGGGCAUGCGAUAUGGAUCCAAACCUGCCCUGAUGGAAGUCCCGCUCAACCUGAUAAAGCGUCAGUCUAGUAGUCCCGCUCUGAUGUACAACAUUUGUGCUGUCCUUGUUGCUUAUACGUUUGCUACCCGCCAUCUCUCCGUUUCUCCGCUAUCCUCGGCGGAAAACGAUGCGUCAGAUGAAGCGGAGGCGCGUAGAAUCAUCUCGCAAGCAGUUCCGUUUCUAGUAGCUCAUCAGUCAAAAGUGCUGUACUCAACGUUGAGCAGUGCCGUCACUGAUGUGUGUUCACGCUUUGACCCUGGCACCGUGGGCGCUGAAUCCUUAUCAGUACUCUCGCAUGAUCUCUUCAUCAUAGUGAGACCGAGAAGAGUGGUCGCCGCAUCUUCCGAUAUCAACUCAUUAAAUGAUCACGCGUCUGUUACAUUAUUAGCCGCACUUUCGGACCUCUCUAGGCUUUUCGCCCCACGCUCAAUUGGGGUUCCUAGUCACAUCCAGAUGAAGCUUAGAUUUUACGCCGCUCAAAUCCUCUCCACGCCUCAGGUCGCCCUUCGUGCACUUGCAAACGAACUACAAGCUUACACACAGGCCGUGAAGGCGGAGGCAGGACCGAUAUUAACCGAUCCUCGUCUCCAGAAGCACCUCGACGCCUCGCAGCCAAAGCCCGCAUCCAAUCUUGAUAUCACAAUCAGCAGCCGAAGUCAGCCAUUGAUUGAGGAGUAUCCUUAG